CAAUUAGAAUGACAGUUGGGGAUUUCUGUUCAGUUUAAGUUUAAGUUUAGGCUUGAAAGGAAGCAGAGAGUUAUUGGUAGAGGAUCAAAAUCCACAUCAAGUCGGAGUAUUAGAAAUAUAUAGAAACAUGUCACGUCGGAGUCAUAGACUAGCAAUGAUUCCAUCCAUCGGGACAUCAUUAUCAAAUAAGAAAAAGUAAUUGACAAAAUGGCUGGGGAGAAGAAAAGAUACAAAUAUUUUUACGGACCACUAAUGUGUCUGUCUAUUCUGACUUACCUUUUCGUCUACAAGGAGGGAGCCAGGCAAACCAAGCCAGGAUUGGAAUUUCCAGAAGCCUCACCUCCCUUUAAACUUUUGCCGGAAAAGAAAUACAAAUCCAUGUUCCUGUACAAUGACAUUUGGCUAGGUCCAAAGAAUUACUGUGAAUGCGUCCAAAAGGACAAAGAGCAGAUCUAUCAAUUGGAUAAUUAUAUUGACAAGGACAAACUUGCUUCAGUCACAAAAAGACGUGAGAAAGAAUUCAAGGAUUAUCAGAGAAGAUAUUCUUAUCAGAAAAAAGAUGUCCUUGUUGCUCAACCAAACGUGCCUUUAAGCUACCCCAUUCAAGGAGCUGAAGUGAUGCCUUUGCACACCAUUGUAAUCCCAGGGCUUAGUUUCCAUGGAGAAAAUACUGAGAAACAGAAGGUGACAUUAGAGGCAUCCUUUGGUACCUUAGACACACUUGCUGAUGUUCCUCAAGACGUAAUGAAUGGGCGAGGCAUGAAAAAACUGAUCAUCUCUACUGCUCAUGUGGACCUGCUAAACCACAUCUUGAAGCAUGUCACAUACACUAGUACAGAGUACUUACUGGAUACAGUGGACAUUGUGAACUUUACAACAGGGGAUCACCAUGUGAAGUUUCCUGUGACUAUCCGGCAACCAUACAUGCCAAAGCUGUUUGAUCCAGGGCCAGAUAACAAUAUUCGUAAUUUAGUGACCAUCACAACUAAGACUUUCUUCCGUUACCACAAGCUGCGGAUCCUGAUCAAGAGCAUCAGGAAAUUUUAUCCAGAUAUAACCAUCAUUGUGGCAGAUGACAGUGAACAUCCCGAGAAGAUCGAAGAACCUAAUGUCGAACAUUUCAUCAUGCCAUUUGCAAAGGGUUGGUUUGCAGGAAGAAAUCUUGCCAUCUCUCAGGUCACAACAAAAUACUACCUUUGGGUGGAUGAUGACUUCGUUUUCACUGAGAAAACCAAGAUUGAAGAAUUUGUGGCUGUGUUGGAGAACACCAACUUGGAUGUGGUUGGUGGUGCUGUUCAAGGAAAUGAUUACAAGUUCCGGGUCAUUUAUGAGGAAGGAGAAGACAGCAGCUGUGUACACCUCAGAUUUGGCUCUUAUCACCGCUUAGAAGGCUUUCCUCAUUGCGUGGUCACCAGUGGUGUGGUCAACUUCUUCCUUGCUCGUACAGAGGAGAGCAGAUGCAUUGGGUUUGAUCCAAAGCUGCUGAGGGUGGCCCACUCAGAAUAUUUUGUAGACGGACUGGGGCGUUUACGAGUAGGUUCCUGCUAUCACGUGGAUGUGGGUCACCAGCCUCAUGAUCCUGCCAAGGAUUUGGAAGAGCGUAAAGCCGAACACACAUAUAGUAAAUUCCGGGCCAACACACAGGAACAGGUCCAGUUUAAGCUGGCUUUACAGUUCUUUAAAAACAGGAUGAAAUGCUUCUCACAGGGAUGACUGCUCUCUUUCAUGGAUGCUCUCCGUAUCCUAUCGCCCAAGGUGACAAGUUUCCUUAUGGCCUUGGACUGGACUCAAGAUGCUAUGGUUUGGUUUUACAGCCACAGGUUGGCCAUGGAUUUAUAAAACCACUGAAUUAAAAAGGAAGUUCUGUUUACAGCUCACUUUUAAGGAACUACUGAGAAAGUUUAGAGGAAGGAUUUCCACUUGGGUCUCCCUCCAAAAUAAUAGGUUUUGCAAGUCUUGGUAUGUCGUAAACUAGUUUUUAAUGCAUUUAGCUUAAUUUGUAUGGAUCUAUGUUAUGUUUAUUUAUGUUCAAUUUUUGGUUAGUUUUACAAGUUAUAUUGAGAUUGCUUUACCUAUUGUUUUGAUUUGUUGUUUAUCUGUUUCUGGCAUUAUUUGCCACUUUUGUUACUCAUUGGAAAGCGCCCUGAGUCCCCUCAGGAAGAUAGGGAGGAUUAUAAAUAAGGCAUUAUUAUUCUCCCACACCUAUGUCCACAUCACUCUUGAAUGCAGGACAGAAUUGUUUCCACUACAGAAAGGCUGACAUUCAGAGAACUGAGAUCAUUGUCUGUAUAAAUGAUGGUGUAAUUUGAACUAAAAGGAAAUGAUUCGUCAUGCUUGUAUAUAUACACAAUAUCACUGGGGUGUUUACAUAAGCUUGUGCAAGCAAACUUCUUCAUUAUGACCCCACUUUCCCAAACUAAAUUACCUUGAGAACAAAUAAAUAAUCACUUUCGAAUGUCAUAUUCUCUUUAAAAAUGCCUCCAGGUUCUUUUGAACCUCUGUUAUUUUAGUCUAAGCUGAGGUAACUAGUAGCAAUCUGUGGAGGGGGUUUGUAAGAUUACAAGAAUUUUUUUUAAUUUUAAAAAACGUUUAAACAGGAAAGCAGAUCUUGGGAACACAUAGUUGAUGAAAAGUAACUUGCAAGUUCUGGUAUGUAUGUGUUCAAAUACCUCCUAUUGUGUUUUUAAUUAUUUUUAAUUUGCUUCCAUUCAUUAAUGCCAUUUGCUCUGUGCUGCUAAGGGAUAGGGGAGGUGUCUCAGUAAGGAAUGCUGCAGGUAAGGAGUUGGUGAUGAGGGGACAGAUAACGGCUUAAGUGAGAGUGGAGAAAGUUUCACAUUGUGCUACUCACAUGCAAGAAUGUUGCUUGGGGGUAACAGCUUUGCCUCAGGCAGGCAGUUCUCUACUCCCAACCUGGGAACUACAACAUCCACCACACCACAGGUGUUACUGAUCUGCAGCUUUCACCAUGCCUCAGCAUUGGCUAAUGCCAGCCAGGGCUGAUCGGAUUUAGACUCCAAUGGUAUCUAGGGGACUCCAAGUUGUCUUCUCUGCUGUCCUUAACCUUACAGUACCUAAUUUAAGAUAAGUGGGAUUGAAGACUCGUAAGAUCUUCUGCUUUCCAGCACGUCUCUGUAACCCAAACUCUUUUCCUAUUUUAUAUUGUAAGCCCUUUGGACCAAGAGUGGGUGUCACCUCCACUUUGUAAACUAUUGUAUAAAUAAAUAGUUCUAUACAAGUU